AGUCGUAUGUCUUUUCCAUUCAUUCCUUUUAACCGUCCUCAGUACGCCGGUCGGAUUUAGCUAGGUUCGCUGGAACAAGUGUUGAUUUGUACUGAAAAAUGUCUCACCCAGUACCAACCGACAAGCCUUCAAACCCUGCAAACCCCCGGGUCUUCUUUGAUGUAGACAUUGAUGGGGAAAGAGCUGGCCGAAUUGUUCUCGAGCUCUUUGCUGAUAUAACCCCAAAGACUGCUGAAAACUUCCGGGCUCUGUGCACUGGAGAAAAGGGCAGUGGCAAAUCGACUGGGAAACCGCUGCACUUCAAAGGAUGCCCGUUCCAUAGAAUCAUCAAGAAGUUUAUGAUCCAAGGAGGUGACUUCUCAAACCAUAAUGGCACGGGGGGUGAGAGCAUCUACGGGGAGAAGUUCGAGGAUGAAAACUUCCACUACAUGCAUGACAAAGUGGGUCUUCUGAGCAUGGCCAAUGCUGGGCCAAACACCAACGGCUCACAGUUCUUCAUCACAACUGUUCCCACACCGCACUUAGACGGGAAGCAUGUGGUCUUUGGACAAGUGUUGAAAGGGAUGGGAGUUGUAAAAAUGCUGGAGUGCAUUGAUACCAAGGAUGACACCCCCGUGAAGCCAUGCAUCAUAGCCGACUGUGGCGAGCAUAAGGAUGGGGACAGCUGGGGCAACGCAGCAAACGAUGGAACAGGAGAUGUCCACCCCGACUUCCCCGAGGACUCUGACAUCGACUUUAAAGAUGUGGACAAGGUUCUGUCUGUUGCUGAAGAUUUGAAGAAUAUUGGAAACAACCUUUUUAAGAAGCAAGACUGGAAAGGUGCAGUCCAGAAAUACAGUAAAGCUCUAGGGUACUUGGAGGUGGGUGAAGAUCAAAUGGAGGAGGAGGUGCAGCAGAAGCUGGAGCCCACAGUCCUCAGCUGCUUCCUCAACACAGCAGCCUGCAAACUGAAGAUGCAGCUGUGGCAGGAAGCUCUGGACAGCUGCAACGAGGCUCUAGAGCUGAAUGAGGGAAACACUAAGGCACUUUUCCGCAGGGCUCAGGCCUGGCAGGGGUUAAAGGAAUACAGCAAAGCCAUGUCUGAUCUGAAGAAAGCUCAGGAAACUGCUCCCGAGGAUAAAGCUAUCACCAAUGAAUUGAAGAAAGUCCAUCUUAAAAUCCAGGAGGAGAAAGAGAGAGAAAAGAAAAUCUAUGCCAAAAUGUUUGCCUAAACUAUCUGAUCUCAAUGCAGUGAGUUGUCAUCAUUUACAGUGGAAGCCACACUCACAGCUAAGGAGUCUGUAACCAGGUGAAAAUAUUCAAUAUUGUCAUUUGUCAUGUCCGUACAUGUUUUUCCACCACGCACAUUUCUUCAUGUCUGUAACGAGGGAACAGCCGCUGUAAGCUUUGACCUGCCUUUACUGUAAUGAGUAUUUAGAACGUCAGUCUGACUGAUUGCACUGGGCCGAAAAACUGACCCACGCUAUGGUGGUUUGAAGAUGAUUAGCAAAGCGGUGUUGUGUUUACUGUAUUAUACCAUGGUAGGGAUUUUAAGAGUCCUCUCGGCUACGAGCAAUUUAUCCAUUUGUAUUUAUUUGUUUUGUUUUUUACAGAAGUCAAUAAAACAAAAGGAUAACC